AGCUCUUCCAACUAAAAGCUCCACCAUUCAGGCAAAACAAAUAUCCUGCUUGUGAUUUUGAAUCGUCUCUGUCGGUUUGGAAGCUAGCAUCAGUGUAACCGACCACCUUUAGCUCUUCCUCACCACCGUAUACCAGGAAUGCAUCCUUAAAUGAGUAACGCAUCGACGCACGCUCAUGACACCACCCAGCACCUGGGUGACGACCACAACGAUGUCGAGACAGAAGCAUCGAGCUUCGUGCCACAGCUGAAUGCCGGGCAGCCCAACGUGCCACUGAACGCGGGAGAUAAUUAGAAUUUCAAGAAUCCGCCCGAGAAUGUCAUGCCUGCUUUCAUGACCCAGUUCCUACAACAGAUGGCCAACGCGCCAAUGUUCCAGCAGCCUCAGCCGCCACAGCGGCUCAUCACCUUCAAGACUUUGAAGGAUAACGGAGCGGAGGAGUUCCUUGGGGAUAGGGUGGCCAAACCCCAAGUGGCCCUCGAUUGGAUUGAGAAGGUGGCAAGGGUGCUUAACGAUUUGGACGUUCCAGUUGCAGAUCAUCCAAGGUUGGCAUCUCAGUUACUCCGCAAGGGAGCAUACGAGUGGUGGAAACGUGUAGACAGUGAGCCGCAGACGCCAAAGCGUUGGACAUGGGCCUAUUUUGACUGGCCUUUCAAGAAGGAAUACAUCCCAGCUCGUUUCCAUGAGGAGAAGUGGAUCGAAGAGUUCAGGAAGAGGUUGCGCCCUGACGUGCGACCUUAUGCUUCUACCGUGGUCACCACUGACUUCUCAGAGGCGUAUGAUCUGAUAGCGAAGGCGGAGAAAGCCGUGGAUGAUCUGAAGGCAAGCUUGGGUGCUGGAGGGACAGUUUCUAGCCAGCAACCCAGUACCAGCGCGGCGCCGAGCAGGAAGAGAUCCUUUGGAGAAUCUACGUUGUCUUACAUAUGUGUUCCUAUGCCUGAGAAAUCUGAUAUCCAGAGGGGCGAUCUGGAAUACCCUAUGGUAGUAUCUAAUCCGUUAGGGCAUAGCAUGCGGCUUCAUCACUUGUACCACAAUUGCCCGUUGAUGGCCCAAGGACACCGAUUGUCCGUGAAUCUGAUCGAGCUACCAUACAAGGAAUUUGAUAUUAUCCUUGGUAUGGAUGGGUUGACCGAGCGUCAAGCGAUGAUUGACUGUGGCUUGCGCACUGUACGGCUGAAGACUGACGAUGGUGACGUGGUUGAUGUUAAGGGGGAGUUGUUCCCCAAGCCUCCAGAAUUUAUGUCUUAUAUGAAAGCAAAGCGGCUGAUCUGGAAGAAGUGCGAAGCAUUCUUGUGCCACGUGCACGAUACUAGGAAGGAGACCCCCGACGAUCUCCCUGGCUUGCCACCGCCAAGGGAAGUAAUCCAGGAAAUGAUGAGAUUAGAACCAAUCCCGGAGGGCGAUGAGGAGCGUGAGAUGUGCGUGGCGAUGUUCGACGACUUUGAACUCUUAUUAAUUACUUAAAUAACUUAUUACUAUUUCGGGCAUGAUUCCCAAGUUGUGUUUUGGAUUAUGACUUUGUUGGGAACGAGGCUUGGAUAACGCAGCGGAAAACAAAAUUUAGAGUCCAAAACUCGAUUCCACCCAAGAACAUCUUACGUAAAUUACUAGCUAUAGUAAGAAAUUUACCUUAGCGGU